UAAAUUGUAACAGGUGAUAAGCAAUAAUGGAUACAAGAGUGUGCUUCAUCGAGCGGUGGUGAAUUCUGACAAGGAACGUAUAUCCAUUCCGACAUUCUACUGUCCAUCACCCGAUGCCAUGAUAGGGCCGGCGGAAGAGUUGAUCGACGACCAACACCCAGCCGUCUACCAGAGUUUCACCUAUGCUGAAUACUAUGAAGAGUUUUGGAACCGGGGACUAGCAACAGAGUGCUGCUUGGACAUGUUUAAAAGUUUAAAAGCUUGAUGAGCUAGACUCUUGGGACUAAUGAUUCGUUUCCAAACUUUAGUACUUUGAAUUUAGUUAGUCAAAAAUUCAAUUCCCACCAAUAUCUUGAAAAAGUUAUCCAUUUCCCAUAAUUCCUCAUGCUGAAAACAAAAAAAAAAAAACUUGAUAUGUGUUUCUACUAAAUUACAAGAAGGGUUAAAGUCAAUUGUAAUCCUUGUACUUUGUGAAAAUAUUCAUUGUUGUCCCUCUACUAAGGAAAUGCUCAAUGUCAUCCCUCUACUCUACUUUACUUACAAUAUAAAUUUCAUCCCUCA